UAUAGAAUUGACGUCCAAAAUAUUCUGUAGUCGUUGUUCAUUCCUUAAGUUUUUUGACAGAGAAAUUAAGGAACAAGCUAUGGCACCUACUGAUGAUAUAGGUAACAGAAAACUCGGCGGCAUUUGCUGGAUAUUCAUCAUCUUACUCCUAUUUCUUGUGCCGUUUACCGUGCUGUUCGUCGUCCUAGAAGUACUUCCCAGCAAAUACACGGCUGAUUACCCUGUUUUCACCCUAAACCAAGCCACCGUCUACAACUUCAACUUCACCCUUAUCGGUGGACGUGGAGCUAAUAAUUCCUCCUUCCUUGUUGACACCAAUGUCAAUGUCACAAUACUCUACCUCAACCCAAACCGACACGUCACAAUCAGCUAUGACCGCCUCACCAUCAGCGCCGUAUAUCUUGGAGAGGCCAUUGUUGUUCCCACCGUUCUUCCUGCAUCUGUUCAGCGGCCCAAAAUUGCCGGCGCUUUAUCGGCUUUCCUAAAUGGUCAUUCUGUCCCGGUGGCCGGGACGGGCUUGGAUAAGAUGGCGCUCAUCCCAGUCAACAUUACUGUGGAUGGAUGGAUUGCUUGGGAUAGGCCUGAUUGGAAUCAUGAGUGGUGCAGCGGGAAAAUGCAUGUCAACUGCCCCUGCUUUCUGAGAUCGGGCUAUACCGGGGACUAUGAUUUGCAGCAGACUUGCAUUGUUGAGGUUGAUGAAGAUGUUUUCAAGACUUAAUUAAUCCAUUAUUAUCAUUAAUUACUGAUAUUACCAAUAUAAUAUUAUCAUAUUUCCCUUAUUGGAUUUCAUACCUAGUAUAUUAAAAUAUUAAAUUACUACUCGUAUUAUAGGAUUACUAUAUAAUAGGAGUACGUAUCUGAUCUACUAUAUAUGCAUAGAUAAAUGCAUGCGCUACUUAAUUAGUUAACAAUGUAAUUAUGCAAUACGGGAUAUAUUCCGUAUUAUAUUAACGAGCACUUCGUAUAUUUUAUUAAUUGCAUCUGAUCUGUGUAUGUGCUCAAGUAUUGAUGAAUAUUUCUAUGUCAUUGUUCUUAUCUUAAUGGUGUAAAUUACAA